AUUGAAGGCAAAUCUCAAUUUGGAUGGCAUCACGCUUAAUAAAUUAUCCUUCUUGAAUUUCUCAUCAAAAUCAUGCCGCCUCUUUUCCUUCAUCUGACUUAUGCAAUGACCGACAUCCAUUAUAAAUUAAUUAACAGCGUGCAAAUAAUUUUAUCCGAUCAGACUAUAAUAGAACUUGGAUUAAAUCAGCUUAAGAUCUUUAAGAAUAUAUGUUGCAGGGAAAUAUUCUCAAGGAUAGACGACAGAAAAAGUAUUUAUUUAUUUCGCGUGCUAAGCGAAAUCAUGGUUACUGAUUUUGAACGCAGUCCCUAUACGCCUUAUUUCAAUCGCAGCUCGGAGCAGCACCGUCCGUGUUCCUGCAAUACAGCUGCAGCUAAAACAUCCAGAACACUUUUAAUUUCCACGCCAAUUACGCUUGUCGUACACAUCGAUUAUUUGGUUUUUAACCCAUAAAUUAUUUCUCUCUUUAUGUAAAAAGCAGACCAGUCGAUGUCACUUGACACGUUUAUAAUCAUUUUGUAUUAAGUUGUCGACUCUGGCAAAGUUACACUUCAGAUCAAACAGUUCAGACACCCCGUAGAACAAAGAUGCGCAGAACGAACGAAAACCACGAAAACUGGUCUUCUCGCAGUUAUGGACUCUCGUGACGGCGUUUAUAGUUUCUGUAUGAUACUCCUUUCAAUUUUAAUACAACACGUACUUCCGUUUACUAUGCUAAUGCUAAUCCCUCACGGAUCUACAUCCUUUUUUUUAUAAACAAUUUCAUAGAGAAUGGGAAUUUCAUUGAAGCGAAAGGGAGACUUAUCAAUUAUGAAUAUUCAGGACUUGCGUGAUGCGUUUCCUUUGCUGCAAGCUAUAUUUUUCGGAGAUGUUUACGAAGUACGAGCAUUAUUGUCGAAAGAGGAAGAUGCAAAGUGGCAAGACAAGGAAAAAAGAUCUCUGUUGCACGCAGCUGCAUACAAAGGAGAUCCAGCAAUCGUAGAAGCCCUACUUUUAAACGGGGCUAUCGCGAGUGCUAAAGAUACAAAAUGGUUAACACCAUUGCACAGGGCUUGUUGCUCAGGAAAUCACCGUGUAGUAGAAGUUUUGUUACGGCACAAAGCAGUCAAUAGUAGGGAUCGGAAUUGGCAGACACCUUUACAUGUAGCUGUAGCGAACAAUGCUAUGAAAUGUGUAGAAUUAUUAGUUCCACACGUAAUAAACAUCAAUGUAGCAGAUAGAGCUGGUAGAACGAGUUUACAUCAUGCAACUUAUAAUGGACACUUGGAAAUGAUAGAAUAUUUAAUCCAAGUAGGUUGUGCGAUAAAUGUUUCUGACAAAAAAGACAGAAGACCCUUACAUUUCGCAGCGUAUAUGGGUCAUGACAUAAUUGUGAGAGCUCUUAUUGAUAAAGGAGCAGACGUGGAUGUAAAAGAUCGGGAUUUAUAUACUCCGCUGCACGCGGCUGCAGCUUCAGGAAACAUAGAUUGUAUGGACAUAUUAAUGAAUUCGGGGGCCGAUAUCGAAGCGAAGAAUGUGUAUGGAAAUACUCCUCUGCACAUCGCAUGUUUAAACGGCCAUGCUGAUGCUGUUAUUCAAUUAAUCGCCAAAGGCGCAAACGUUGAGGCUGUAAAUUAUCGGGAACAAACGCCAUUACAUCUCGCAGCUGCCAGCACCCAUGGUGUCGACUGUUUAGAAGUACUUUUACAAAACAACGUGAGAAUAAACGUUCAGUCCGAAGGGGGUCGCACGCCUUUAUAUAUGUCCGCAAUUCACGGGAGAUUCACGCGAUCGAAAAGUUUACUCGAUGCCGGGGCACCACCGGACGUCGAGGACAAGAACGGCAAUACUGCUUUGCAUGUAGCGGCUUGGUUUGGCCAUGAGUGCUUAACGACGACUUUGUUGGAGUAUGGCGCGUCUCCGGCAGCACGUAAUACGGAGCAUCGCACACCGUUGCAUCUCAGUUGCUUGGCCGGCCACAUCGAGGUUUGUAGGAAGUUGUUACAAGCUGACAGUCGCCGCAUAGAUUCGAAAGAUAUCGGUGGCUGGACACCGUUACACUGCGCGGCGUUCAAAGGAUCGGUCGACUGUUUAGAUCUAUUAUUAUCCAGCGGAGCGAAUUUCCGAUUAACUGACAACGACAACAGGCUGGCGCUACAUUAUGCUGCUAGUCAGGAUCACUAUCUUUGUGUUUUCACGUUGAUCGGAUUCGGGAGUGAUGCCAACGCGCAGGAUAUUGACGGCGCGACCCCUUUGCACUUGGCCGCAGCAGCAAAACCCACGGAUACUAAUACUUCAUGUGUGCAGUAUUUAUUAAAGCAUAAAGCGGAUCCUCAUUUGCGCGAUAAACGAAACUUCACUACCAUUCAUUACGCGGUAGCUGGUGGAAAUCAAUUAGCGUUGAAAGCUCUGUUAGAAGUCUGUCCACCUGAACAACUGACUGUGUCAUCAACGGGAAAACCAGAACCCCCGUUGCCCGCGUUAACACCGUUACAUCUUGCUGCUUAUUACGGGCACAGCGAAAUUUUAAGCUUACUGAUGCCAUUUUGUACCAUAUUUUCUAAUAACGAUAUGAGGGAUGAGACCGGUAAAACGCCACUAGACCUAGCCGCAUACAAAGGACACGAAGAAUGCGUUGAUGUUUUAUUAAAGUACGAUGGAGUUCGCGUGUCGGUUCAAGAUUUUAUUACGAGACGUACACCGGUGCACUGUGCAGCUGCGGGAGGUCAUAGAGAAUGUCUUUCGCUUUUACUGAGAAAUGCAGAGGACCCGAACGUGAUCAACUAUUACGACUCGAAGCAGCGUACGCCUUUGAUGCUGGCUACAGCGAACAAUCAUGUUUUCUGUGUUUUAAUGCUUUUGAAGCAUAAAGCGGAUUGCAAUCUACCGGACAUGAACAAACACACGCCGCUAUUUCGUGCCGUGAUUUGGCAGCAACAUAAACCGAUCGACUUCUUGAUUUUGCACGGUGCACAAGUUGCGAUACAAGAUAUAUAUGGCAAAACACCGUUGCAUUUAGCCGCUGCGUGUGGAAAAGUGAAAGCCUUAUGCUUAUUGGUCAAUAAUGAUCCUGCUGCCGCAGCUAUAAAGGAUAAUCAAGGAUGCACUGUUCUUCAUUGGGCUUGUUACAAUGGUCAUGCGGAUUGCGUCGAGUAUUUGUUGGAACAAAACGUGAUCGAAUCGUUGGAGGGUAAUCCAUUCUCGGCUGUUCAUUGCGCCGUAUACCAAGGAUCGGCGCAGUGCCUCGAAUUAUUAAUCAAUAAAUUUGGAGGGAAGACAGUGGCUGCGUUAAAAGAUGUUCCAGGUGGUCGACUGCCUUUGCAUGUUGCAGCCAGUUCGGGGUCCGUGGAUUGCGCGAGGUUGAUAUUGAGUUCCGUCGGUUCCGAGUUAGCCGGUCUCGAGACUCCGGAUAAUUCGGGUAGGACACCGCUCCUUUUCGCCGCUAUCACGGGCCAAUGUAGCGCUAUCGAAUUGUUGCUCGAGUGGAAAGCCAACGUGCGUGCCGUCGAUUGCAAUAAGAAUACGGCUCUUCAUUUGGCUUGCGAGAGGAGUCACUCGGCUGCUGCUUCGCUGCUACUGAACUGGAUCGACACGCUUAAUAAUGAUCACGACGAACAGGAACGUAUCGCGAUUAUUAAUAUGACUAACGAUCAGCAAAGAACUCCGUUACAUUUGGCAGCGAGAAAUGGUCUGGUCACGGUAACCCGGCGCUUGUUACAAUUGGGUGCAAGCGUCGUCGCCGUUGACGCGGAAGGACUCACGCCCGCGUUAGCUUGUGCUCCGAAUCCAGCUGUGGCACGAUGCUUGGCCACCAUUCUUGCUGCUCACGGACAGAAGUGCGAAACAAUGCAACAUUCGAUUCUACAGACGUUGGAGGUGUACUUGAAUCAUCGAUCCAGCAAACGUCGGAGGUGUACUUGAACGGCAAGGGCCGCGGUUCACAGCACAGUUCAGACACGGAAUUCUACUGACCGUAACUUCGGAUCAACAAGCGGCAUAAUACGGACGUUCGUAUAGCGAAUUUUAUACGUAAUUGAAUAAAAGACACGCGAGAUAACGCGGUAACGAAAGCUAUCUAGCGAUUCCCGUAAUUUUUGCAUUUACUACUAUAGAGCAAUCAAAGGAAUUUUCAUAUCAUAUCCUGCGGGAAUGAGCGACGAAUUUUUAUUGUAUAUACCGGUUGCCAUAAUGUUUUCUAGAAGAACUGACGUUCAGCUGCGCGCGAUACACGACGGGAAUACAAAAAAUUAAGGACAAAGAUAGCCGAUAAUAGUGUUCGCAUGCCAAUUUUUCGCGAAAUUAUACGUAAGCUAACUGAUAUUAUUUUCGACCCGAGAACAUGAAAUUAUAUGUACAUUGUACAUACAUUUAUAAAUAUUUUUAUUAUGUAUGCAAUAGUGUGCGUGUUGUGAGGAGCUGUUAGUUGUAAGUCUUAACGAUUUUAAGGACUCGUCAAUAUUGUGCGUUCUGUAUUACGUGAUCAUUUGUAACCAAUAAACGAUAUUACGUUUUAUUUUUA